AUGUUAUUUUACAGGUACAAUCUAACAAUAAUCAUUACUAUUCUCAAGGAGAUUUCCGAGAUUACAGAUGUGAAAAUUGACUGGAAGACACUUGUAAAGAGGUCUUCAACAGGGAUAUCCAAUGCACGGGAGUAUCAAAUGCUUUGGCGUCAUUUGGCAUACCGUGAGCCUCUUUUUGAAAAUUUAGUCGAGACUGAGCCUGAGGAGGAUGACAGUGAUCUGGAAUUCGAACUCGAAGCUGUUCCUUCUGCUAGUGCGGAGGCUUCAUUACAGGCCAACAAAUGUAUUGAGGUUAUAAUGCCUUCUAGUAUGAUUCCUGAUGCUCCUAUGAGUGAUUUUCAUUUCCGCAAAGAAUCACAUUCUAAGAAAGCGGUUCAUCCUAGUACUGUGAAGAACACUAUUCUUUUGAAUUCUGUUGCUAAGAAGCAAACAUUGAUGCCAGCUUAUACUGGGACUUUGCAAGGGAAUGAAAUUGCUUACCCGGCAUUUUCGAACAAAAGAAAGAGAAAUUCAUGGACCACACAAGAGGAAAAUGAUCUAAUAGCUGCUGUUAAAAAACAUGGUGAAGGAAACUGGCUGAAUAUUUUAAAGGAUGAUUUUAAGCAAGAUAGGACGACUUCUCAGUUAUCUAAGAGGUGGAAUAUCAUUAAAAAACGAUUGACUUCAUCAAAUUUAGCUAGUAAUGACAAGAUAAACGAUUGGGUGCUGCACAAUGAACAGCUUGCUACCAGAAAGGCAAUAUCAAUGGCUCUUAAUAUACCUACGAUUGGAAGCUUAUCAAAAUUGCUUUCAGACGCGAGACCUGAUUAUUCUCUUGAAGCAUCAAAGAAGUUGCAACAACCUGCAUCACCCCAAAAAACAAUGAAGAAAUCUGCAAUUGCUUCUUCGUUGGUGACGCCAGAUCCUCUUAUACAAGCUGCUGCAGUUGCUGCUGGAGGACGCAUUAUAGAUCCUUCUGCUGCUGCAUCUUUUCUUAAAGCUACAAAUUCGAAGAAUAUUCAUCGCAUAAAAAAUGGGGACAUUUCUGUCUCAAAAUUCAAGCGAUCUUCUGGUGCAAGAUAACAAAGUCUUCUAUUGCUCCUUCACCUAGAACUAUCGUAAACCUUUCUUCAAUAUCUGAGAUGAAAUCUGGACCAUCUGAUGCUCUUCAAAAUACUAAUGUUGAUGCUUUGGUCUAGGAAGAGGCAAAACCAAGAAAGAGAAAGUUGGUUUCAAAGAUGAAAUUGUCGCAAGUUUGAUGGGACUUUUUAGUUGGGAGUUGCCUUAUAUUUAGAAUGUGAAGCUGUGUAACUGUUAAGUUUGAAGAAGUUUUUGUCCACUGAGUUUUUAUUUUUAAUUUUAUGUGUGGACCUGAGUCUGUAUGUAGAUUUUUACAAUCCUACUCAUAGCAUGAUAAUCCAUUUGAGAGCAUUUUUAGUUAUAA